UGCUGCAGGAGUGCGCGGUGGCGUGGAACAGAACCUUCAGCGGGUGGACGGCAGGCGGGGACUGCUGGCUAGCUGAGAAGAUCGAGUGCGACGCAAAGGGAAUGGUCACCAGCCUGCUGUUCUCGGGCUUAAAUAUGAACGGAACCGUCCCCACCAGCAUCGCCAGCCUCACCGCACUCACUUCCUUUGACCUCUCUAUGAAUAAUCUCUCUGGGUCCAUUCCCUCUUUCAUCUCGCGACUCUCUCAACUCUUUUAUCUGAACAUUGAAGACAACAGUUUCUUCGGGCCCAUUCCCUCCACCAUCGGGGCUCUCAAGAACCUCAAAACCCUGAUGUUAGCAAAUACUGGCAUUUCAGGAACCAUCCCCUCCACCAUCUCCGGCCUCUCCGCUCUUACCGUCUUCCGAUUGUCCAACACUCACCUCAGUGGCACAAUCCCGAGUACUAUUGGUCGGCUUGCCAGCCUCGAGUACAUGACCAUCGCCAACACCAACUUGUCUGGCUCGCUGCCAGCCUCCCUUGGUGCUCUCCCCAAACUCAACAAAGUAUUCACCAAUGCAGGGGUGACAUGCGGCAGGGCUGGCAGCAGCUGUGAGAUUCAGCAGAACGCCUCCUCCUUCUUCUGCCGGGUCCUCUGCUUUGAGUUCUGUGCCUCCUGCAUCCCUCUCAACGCAACUCGUGUCUUCAGCAGUCGCUCCUGCUGUCUCAAGUUCCCCGUGUCUCUCGUGGCACAAGCAACGGGUGGGUGGAGUGACGAUAGCAGGGUGCAGGGGCAGGGGUGGAGCAGCAGCAGCAGUGGAGGGCAGAGGUACAAGGCAGUGAGUCUUGUGAAUGAGCGCCAGGUGUGGUUCGUGGUGAGGCGCAGUAAUGAGGAGCUUUCUGCCAACUUCCAGAAAGAGGUGGCCAAGCUUUGUGUUGCUGAUCAUGCGGUGGAGCAAGCAGAGGAGCAGGUGCUAGUGUUUGAGUGGGUGCCAGGAGGCAAUCUGCACAGCCGCCUCGUUGCAGACCUAUCAACCAUCACCAACUCCCCUCCCCUCCCCCCGCUGUCCGACCCUAGUGGUCGGACGGGGGCUCGAUCAGCUGGUGCAGCUGCCCCUCGUUGA